AUGGCGAAUCCUCAUCUUACAUUGGAUUUUCACACAAAUCCUUCUCAUCCGAUAUUCAUGCAUCCCAAUGAAAGUCCCUCUCUAAUUCUAGUUUCACCACCUUUGACCGGAAGCAAUUAUCAUACUUGGGCGAGAGGAAUGACCGUAGCUAUACUCUCGAAGAAUAAAAUUGCUCUUAUUGAUGGAUCAAUUGAACCUCCAGCUACUGAUCAUCUUAUUUACAAUCAGUGGCAACGAUGCAACACCAUGGUGAUGGCUUGGAUCCAUAGAUCUAUCUCUGAUUCAAUUGCCAAAUCCAUUUUAUGGAUUGAAUGUGCCAGAGAUGCAUGGAUAGACUUAAAAGAUCAUUUUUCUCAGUCAGAUAUAUUUCGUGUGUCAGAUCUACGGGAGGAGAUCUAUAAGAUACAUCAAGGAAAUCGCAUUGUAAGUGAAUUUUUUACUCAGCUCAAAACCAUGUGGGAUGAGCUUGAGAACUUGAAACCUCUUCCUAUAUGUGAAUGUGAUCCUUCUUGCAACUGUGGAGCACUGUUGAAAAUGCGUGAUUAUCGUGACAGAGAUCAUGUUAUUCGAUUUCUCAAGGGGCUUAAUGAUCAGUAUUCAUCUGUUAGAUCACAAAUUAUGAUAAUUGAUCCACUACCAAAUGUCAACCGAGCUUUCUCUAUGGUAGUACAGCAGGAAAGGCAGUUCAGCUCAGAAUCCAACAAUGAAGUUUUAACUAAUGUUCAGAAUUUUGUUGCCUUUAAUAACAAAGCAGGUGCCAAUGGAGGCCGCAGAAAUCUCAAUCAAAAUCCAGGAAGAAAUAGUAGAGGACGUGGAAGAAAUAAUGGAGGAAGAGGAAAUUAUGGCAACAGAGUUUCCACUCACUAUGGUAGAUUGAAUCACACAGUGGAGACUUGCUAUCAGUUGCACGGUUAUCCACUAGGAUAUCGUUCCAGAAAUUCAGAUAAUCAUAUUGCUAACAAUGCCUCAAAUACAAACCUCAAUGAAAAUGCUUCAACACAAUUUGUUCCACAAAAUGACAUCACUCUUAUCCAUCCUCAGCUUUCACACGAACAAUACCAACACAUUAUCUCACUACUUCAAAAUCCAAAUCCUAACACUGCCAUAACUCAGUCUACACAUUCAGUCAAUAUUGAACAUGUUUUUCACACUGACACAAACUCUACAGGUUCUGUUGUUUUGUCACCUACUCUUAUUUUACAAAAUGUGCUUUAUGUACCAAGUUUCCAUAUUUCAAACAAGGUGACGAUUGGUUUUGCUGAGCAAGUGACCGGCUUAUAUGUGAUAGUUCAUGAAAAGACCACAGCCCAAAGACUUUUUCUUGCAAAAAGGUGUGAUACAUCACACCUCAACAAAAUGCCAAGAAUUUGUUCUCCUGUCACAAAUAAAAAAUCUCCUUUUGAACUGAUUCACCAACAACAACCUAAUUUGACUCAUCUUCGUGUAUUUGGGAGCUUAUGCUAUCCUACCACCCUCCAAAAUAAUCGCACAAAGUAUUCCCCAAGAGCUCGAAAGUCUGCAUUCAUUGGAUAUCGAGAUGCCACAAAAGGUUUUAUUUUAUAUGAUCUAUCAUCACAUGCCAUUUUUGUCUCUCGUCAUGUUAUAUUCUAUGAAAAUGAGUUUCCCUUUCAUACCACAUACCAAUCUGAUUUUCACAACCAUUAUAUUUUACCAUUUGGCCGUAAUCCUCAACCUGAAUUUGACAUUCCGUUAUCAUCCAACAUACCAUUAUCUGACACAACCACACAUGCUCCAUUAUGUGAACCACAUACAUCAAUACCUACACCAGACACAUCCCAACUUGCUGCACUCCCUGUUGAACAGCAGCUUCGACGUUCCUCUCGUGUUCGUACUACACCUCAAUACUUAGUGGACUAUCACCAUAGCCUUUCAGUUGCUCAGCACAACACAUCAGUACCAGGUUUGAUCAAACCUAUCUCUACUUUUCAUCCAUUGUCUUAUGUUAUUUCAUAUAAUAAUUGUUCCUCACCUUAUAAACACUUUUGUCUCAAUUCUUGCACACAAUUUGAACCUACCUGUUAUUCACAAGCUAUUAAGCAUGAUCAUUGGGUUAAGGCAAUGCAGGUUGAGUUAUCUGCCCUUUCUAAGAAUGAUACUUGGUCGUUGGUCGAGUUACCUGUUGGCAAACAACCCAUUGGAUGUAAAUAG